AUGGGGGAGGCAUGGUUCGGACAGGUCAAGUCGAUGGAACAACUCAAGGUGCUACGUUUCUUUUACAACUGUACGCUGUUUCCUCCAUCACUUCCUUUCAUAGCUUGCCUGCAAUACAAUGCCAAGAAAUCGUACGUGUUCAUCGAGGAAGCAAUCCCAGAGUUCGAUUGGUACAACUAUUGCGAAUCAACAGCGAGUGUCCCGGUGAUUGAGAAGGCAGUCCAUGGAGCUUUAAGCAAUGUUUUUGCAGGAGCUUUGCAACAAGGAUUUGAGUUAACAUGGCUGCAGCCAGAUGUUGCUUGUCGAUCAUGUGAAGCCACUGGAGGCUUGUGUGGAUACAUGAUCGGCAGCAAUGACCUGCACAAGAAUUUCUUCUUCCAUUGCCAUGAUGGAAAGCAUUCAAUUAACUGCCAUGACAAUGGUAAACAUUUAAUCAAGUUCGGACCAAAUUACACAGCCAUAGGUGCACUGCUUUUCGGCAGUUUGAUAAUGGCAGCAACAGUGUUCUAUCUCAUCCAGAAGAAGAGAGUUGAUUUAUACAAACCAGUUUCUCAAUAG